AUGGCUGGAGAAGCCCCCAUCGUGUCGUUCAGACGACUCUCCAACGAAGAGGGAGACCCCGUCGCCGUUGUCCGAGUGCGAAACCUUCAGACAACCAUUCAAGGUCCCAAGGACGCCUGGGGCCGUGGGGCCAAGCAGCAGCCUCUCCUGGUAUCGGCCGAAGUCUCGCUCACCCAGCCCUUUGGGACGUCGUCUGCCGACGACAAGGUCGCCUCGGACACGGUGCACUACGGGCUACUCAGCAAAGCCAUCCUAAGCACCCUUGGUCGCCUCCCCAAGUCGGGAUUGUCACUGAGCGAUGUCCUGAAUGAGCUCUGGAUCGAUCUCACCGGGUUCCGCUACAACGGGCUUAGAGGACCCUCGGCAAGCGAAUCGAAGUCGUUCCUAGACAUCACCUUCAUUCGUCGACUGACCAUCUCACUUGUCCUCCCCAAGGCGUCACUCAUGGGGAGUGCAAUUCGUCUCUCUGGAUCUGCCCUCUUCAGCAACUCAUCACCCACAACGCGGAGCCUGGAGCUCGGCCUGGAAGGUCUUCGGGUUCCGACACUCAUCGGUGUCAACAGCAACGAGCGCCUCGCCAAGCAAGUCGUCAUAGCGAAUGUACGGAUAGACGAGUAUGAGAGCAUGUACGAUGACUAUGCUGUCCUCGAGAGUGUGGUGGUCGAUGCCAUGAUCGCGUCGUCGUAUGAAACAUUGGAGGCUCUGGCAGCAGACCUCUCGGUGCAGGUUGCCAAGCAGCUGCGAUCCAAGCGUGAGGAGUUUUAUGGUGCCAUCAUUCGAAUUGGACUGGAGAAGCCUACCGCCGUGCCCCUUGCCGAUGCAGCCUGUGUCGAGUUGACAGUCAAGACGGAGGAUGUCAAGACUGAUUAG